GGCACUGGGAAUAAAUGCACAUACCCACACAAAUUUAGCUACCUGGACUACAGAGAAACUUUUUCCUCCUGUUUUGUGUUUUUUGAUUCUCUUUUAUUUUUUGGAUGGAUGCCUUUUUAAUGCACAAAUAAUCUCUUACUUUUGGAUUUAUUGCAUCUUUUCAUCAUGUUUUUCCAGUUAUUUCAUGAGAAUUCCAACAUGGGUUAUAUCCAAGUAAGAUGGAGGAUAGUUUUGAUUGUGACUGUGGCGAACUUGAGCCACCUGAUCACUGAGUGAAAAUUUAUUUUUGAAGACUCAAAAAAAAAAGGCCAGAAACAUUUCAUUUUAUAUAUCAGGAGACUUGACCAGAAAAACAGAUACCAAGAAAAGAAAAAAUAUUUGUGCAUUUCUUAUGAAGCUGCUCAGGACCAGUCGUACACUGAAUGUAUCUGCACUGUGAGGAUGCCACUACAUGGUUUUAUCUUUUAGUAUAAUCCGUGUUAUCUUUCUUUUUUUCCUUUUCCGAUUGGCCUCAAAGUCCAUUCCAUCGUAGUCUAUAAAUUAUAGAGCAUAUCUGCUCAAGAUAUCCUCUCACCUAAAGGAUUGAAUAAGGAAUUUCUUUAUAUAUUUUUUUCUCCAAUAAUAAACAUGGAAAGAAAAUAUGAUUGUAUACUAGAGUCCCAUAUCUGAGAGUGACGGCUAGCCAGGGGGGACUUGGUAGUCGACUGUACAGGGGUUAGUUAGUCCAGACUCUGAAGCAAAGGGGGUUAUUUGAUAGCUCCUUCGGUGUUAAAGUGGGGUUAAAAGCAGGCCAGAAAUUUGGCAAAAGAAGCUUAUAACCAGUAAUCAUGGCGGAGAAAUUUGAGUCACUGAUGAACAUCCAUGGCUUCGAUCUGGGCUCUCGCUACAUGGACUUGAAACCUCUGGGCUAUGGAGGGAACGGCCUAGUGUUCUCAGCGGUUGAUACCGACUGUGACAAGCGCGUGGCGGUGAAGAAAAUAAUCUUGACCGACCCCCAGAGUGUGAAACACGCCCUGCGGGAAAUCAAGAUCAUCAGACGACUUGAUCAUGACAACAUUGUGAAGGUGUUUGAGACGCUGGGUCCCUGCGGUCGCAGACUAACAGAGGAUGUGGCGUCGCUUACAGAGGUCAACUCGGUCUACAUUGUGCAGGAGUACAUGGAGACUGACCUCUGUCAGCUUCUGGAGAGGGGCCCCAUGUCUGAGGGCCAUGCCCGGCUCUUCAUGUACCAGCUCCUAAGGGGCCUUAAGUACAUCCACUCGGCCAAUGUGCUUCACCGUGACCUCAAGCCUGCGAACCUGUUUGUCAACACAGAGGACCUGGUUCUGAAGAUUGGAGACUUUGGGUUGGCCCGCAUCAUGGACCCUCACUACUCUCACAAGGGUCAUCUCUCUGAAGGUCUCGUCACAAAGUGGUACAGAUCUCCUCGCCUGCUGCUCUCUCCAAACAACUACACCAAAGCCAUUGACUUGUGGGCUGCUGGCUGCAUCUUUUCUGAGAUGCUUACGGGAAAGACUCUUUUUGCAGGAGCACACGAGCUCGAGCAGAUGCAGCUGAUCCUCGAGUCCAUUCCCGUGCUGCAUGAGGAAGACCGACAAGAACUUCACAGCGUCAUUCCCGUCUUCAUCCGCAGCGACAUGUCGAUGCCCCACACGCCGCUGGUUAAGCUGCUGCCUGGUGUCAGUCCUCAGGCCCUUGAUUUUCUGGAGAAGAUUCUCACCUUUAACCCGAUUGACCGUCUAACUGCCGAAGAGGCCCUGGCCCACCCCUAUAUGGCUGACUACUCCUUCCCCCUGGAUGAGCCGGUCUCUCUGCACCCUUUUCACAUUGAAGACGAAGUCGAUGAUAUUCUGCUCAUGGACCAGAGCCACAGCCAUACGUGGGAGAGGUAUCAUGAGAGCCAGUUCUCAGAGGCUGAUUGGCAGUUGCACAGCACCCAUGAUCCAGAUGAAGUUCAGGUCGACCCAAGGGCCCUCUCUGAUGUUACCGACGAAGAAGAGGUCCAGGUUGAUCCCCGUAAAUAUGCUGACGGAGACAGAGAGAAGUUCCGGGAUGACCCGUCCUUCGACUACUCUGCUCUGCUCCCAUCGGAGCGAUCUUGGCAGGAAGACCACCACGAGAACAAGUACUGUGAUGUGCAGUGUAGUUACACUUGCAACUAUAAGGCCGUGUCCCCCUCCUACCUUGACAACCUCAUCUGGAGGGACAGCGAAGUCAACCACUACCAUGAACCCAAGCUCAUCAUUGACCUGUCAAACUGGAAGGAGCAGCAGAGCAAGGAGAAGGCAGACCGCAAGGCUAAGAGCAAGUGUGAGAAGAACGGGCUCAUGAAGGCCCAGAUCGCACUGAAAGAGGCCGAGAAGAUCCAGAGUCCCACAGAGAAGGACAGUGAACAGGAAAAACAUCAGACGGAGAGGCAGCAGAACCAAGGCUUUGACUUUGACUCCUUCAUCGCCAGCACCAUUAAACUGAGCCUGCAGCCGGAGCCCUGUCAGGAGGUCACCCUGCUCAGCGAGGUGGGCCUUCUAAACGAGCGCAACUUCUCUGUCUCCCAGCUAGAGGCAACGCGCUCAACAUCAAUGUCAAAGACUAUCAGUCAGGAGAAGGAGGAGAAGUGCCUGGUAAACCUGGCUCAGUUAGGCGGUGGGGGUCUGGGAGUUGUGGCCGGGGACUGCGUCUGGCCUGCUGAGCCUUGGGAGAGCGCUGGCGACUGUUUAAUAGACGAAGCGUGCUGGGACAUCCGUAAGGCGGACCACCUGCAGAAGGAGAGCUCGUACACCAGCUACCUGGACCACUUCUUCAGCCGGAAAGAAGAUGUCACAGAGACGGUGACCAGCUUGGAGGUGGAGCCCUCAGUGGUGAAAGAGCUAGACGACGGCUUCCUGGACAGUAACACAGAGAUUGUGCUUAAUAUGCAGCUGGACUCUCUGGCCUUGCCUGUGUUUGACAGCCCCGAUGACUUGCCUCUAAAAUCCAUCCAGGCCUCCCUCUCCCCCUGCGCUGUCAAAUGCUCCCCACAGAUAGCCCACAAAACCUACAGCAGCAUCUUCAAGCAUCUUAAUUAACGACAUACCUGCAUCUUCCCUCACAGUGCAAAAUCUAGGCCGUUUUUAUUUUAAUACAAUGUUAUUGUACUUGAAUCAUUUCAUACCUUUUUUAUUAUUAUUAUAGUUUUAUUAUUUUGAGGAGUUGAGGGGGUGAUUGAUUAUAUUUAAGAGUUUCAUCGUCACUCUGAGCCUUGAUCACCCGGCCUUCAUGGGUUAACGUCUCAUUGCUAAACUGGCAUGUCAUUGCACAUGUAAGUAUUGUAGAUAGAAGGAAGGAGGAAGAAAAGUAGAGAAGUGAAGAAAUGGAAGGAAAGAAUUAAAGAGAGGAGAUUUUUGAAGGAAAUAUUGGUGAGCAAACAUCGCUGUGGGCUUUUAAAGUGCUUUCAAACACUCUUUCCUGAGGUUGGGGUAUAUAUACUUUAGGGGGUUGGGUGGGUUGUCUGUUUUUCUUUUCCCUUUUGUUGACUUUCUAACAUGUUUCCCUGAAAAAAGUUUCCUUUACAAUCCUUUCAUACUGUAAAUCUGACACAUGAUGCCAGCAGCAACCAUUAUCGUAGGCGUUAAAAUGUAAAUGUGUUAUCUACCUCAAGGUAACAGCAGUGAGAGAGACACUCGAAGCCACACUAGUGCUUUACACACAUGACCAUCCUCAUACCAUGAAAUGAAGAGGUCGCCAAGAUGAAAUCUGUCUCACUUCGGCAUUCAACAUAGUGAGGUGUUUCAGUAAUUAUUUAUUUUUAGCAGAUGUGCGAUAUUUAUUUUAUGAAACUUGGUUAUGUCAAAUGUGAUUCUUGACGUUUUGAAGAGCUGAACAGACUUCCAUUUUCAUUUCGGCACUAUAAGGAUGUGCAAGUGUUCCUUUUGUUUUUAACUUAGGAUGCGUAUUCAUGUGUUUUUGUUCUAAAACAAGUUGAGGCUUUCCUCUUUUUUCCAUCUAUUCUCUGUAUUUUUUUUUUUUUUUUACAUAUACAGUAGGUGCAUUUUGUCAUUCGUGGAAAAACACAUGUAUCAUUUGAAGAAGCGCCUAAAAGUCUUACUUUUUUUUUAAGAAUAACAUUUAAGUGUUUAAAAAAGACCAUGGAGGCAUUGGAAAGGUACAUGAAAAUGAAAGCUAACGGUGGGUAUAAAGUACGUCAGUUUUAAUUGUAUGUUUUUUUUGUUUGUCUUUUGUUAAAUUUCUAUGUACUUUUUCCAGGCAAGCAUGAUGAAUUAGGUUAAGGUGUAGCAUGUAGAACACUUACAGACUUGUUUUUGUAAUUAUUGGUUCCCCUGUUCUACAAAAUAUCUCAAAAUAAAAAUUACUGGCAAAGAAAA